AUGGGCGACGAGUCGAGUUAUGAGUUGUACAUAUCUCGGCCUAACGCCUCAUCAAGUGCAGACUCAUUGGAUGCAAUUUCGAGCUUAGCAUCGUCGCCUCGCGCAACUUCGAUCCCAUCUUUGUCCAAAUCAGCAGCAGCGACACAGCGCACGAAGAACAGUCGGCGCUUGUAUGUGGGGAACUUGCAUCCUGUAGUGGACGAGUACCUGCUCGUCACUACGUUCUCCAAGUACGGCAAGCUGUCCAAGAUCGACUUUCUAUUUCACAAGACUGGUCCCCUCAAAGGCAAGCCAAGAGGGUAUGCUUUCAUCGAAUACGCAAAGCCUGAGGAAGCUUUGCACGCCUUGACUGCCACGCACGAUCAUACACUGCGAGGCAGGAAGCUCAUCGUCACAUUCGCCAAUAAUAAUUACCAAGACUCCGGACACAAUGGCUCUGGAACUGGUCCGCACAGGCAUCAUAGGGACCAGAGCGACGCUCACCUACCUACAACGCUUAGUCUCAUCAAGAGCGCGUCACGGCCGAAAGGCGUCGAUGCCAAGAUCGCAGCAAUGGAGGCCAAGCUCGCUGCGCUGAAGGGCGAGACCACGACUGGCUCGGCUCCAGCAUCAUCAACAGGCCAUAGGAACAGGAGCACGCCUUCAACAAGCAGCAUUGCGUCUCUGAAAGGGCACGCCGCUCUGCCGCGGAAGCCUGCUAUCCAGGGCAUGCCGCCGAAGCGAUGA